AUGAAGCGGUUGAUGGAGGACGAGCGGUGCGCGGCGGCGCGGACCGACCCGACGUCCCGACCGAUGCGGCGUAAGGAGGCCAAGGUGGCCCUCGGCUUGAAGAUGAAGCGGGCGAUGGAGGACGAGCGGUCCACGGCGGCGCGGACCGACCCGAGGUUCCGACAGAUGCGGCGUAAGGAGGCCAAGGUGGCCCUCGACUCGAGGUUUACCCCCAUGCUCACGGACCCCAUGUUCGAUUCUUCGUUAGUGGACAAGCGAGGCAGACGCCGCAAGAAGAGCGCCAGGGAGAACCCCAUCCUGCAUUACUAUCUCAACGAAGAGGCGGGGGACGAAAAGGACAAGGAUAAGACGGAGCAAGAGGAGCUGAUUUGUGAAGAGGAGGAUCAUGCGCUGGAACAAGAGAGUCCUAGUAGCGAUGACGAGGAGGACGGCCAUGACCAGUACUUUGUGGGCUGCGACGUUGCUCAUCACUUGAUGUCUAGGCAUGAUGAUACACAUGUGAUUGACAAGGAAACUCACAGGCUUGCUGUUGUGAACAUGGACUGGGAUCAUAUUAAGGCGGUGGACUUGUAUAUGGUCAUGACAUCUUGUAUUCCGGAAGGUGGGCGAGUUCUAUCAGUCUCGAUAUAUCCAACAGAAUUUGGACUGAAGUGCAUGAACAUUGAGACAACUGAAGGCCCUUCUGCUCUUUUUGGUGCUGAUGGUUAUGGUGGUGAUGAUGGUGGGAAAGAUGAUGACAGUGAUGAUGGAUAUGGUGAUGGCGAAGAAGAUGAACUUGACUCUAAGACUGAGAACAACAAGCUCCGUACUUAUGGGCUAAACAAACUGAGGUACUACUAUGCAGUUGUGGUGUGUGAUUCUAGUGCAACUGCGGAUCACAUAUACACAACUCUUGAUGGUACCGAGUUCUUGAAAACGGCAAAUGUGUUUGAUUUGCAGUUUAUUUAUGACUCUAUGGAGUUCAAAUACCCUGCUCAUGAUGUAGCUACAGAGGCACCUUUGAGUUACAAGGAUCCUGAUUUUGAGACUUGUCCUUCGCAGCAUACCAAAGUUAAGCCCACCUGGGAUGAUGAUGAACCAGAUUAUAAGAUCUUGAGGGAAAUGUUCAAACAUAAGUUUGAUGACAUUUAUAAAUAUAUUGAAAGUGAUGAGAGUGCAUCAGAAGAUGUAGAUGAUUCCGGUUACCGGUCUCGGCCAAAUGGUGUAUCGAAAUGGAAGUUAACAAAUAAGGACAGGUUGGCUCUUUUACUAGAAGGAAAUAAAUCUGAUGUGGAACAAAGACAUGACCAAGACAUGGAGGUAACAUUCAACAUGGAGCUCAAGGACUUCAGCAGAUGUAUCCUUGAGAGAAAGGGUAUUGAGACGAAGACUAUAUGGGAGAUGCACCAAGGAAAAAUGAAGGAGAAGCAGAAAGGUAGAAAGAGGUGGCCAAAGGAUGAUGAUGACUAUAGCAACAAAGAUAGCGCUGAUGAUUUCCUUGAUGAAAAGUUGUUUGAAGAAGCUAAGCCGAUGAAGAAACCAAAGGUGAAGGCCAAAGGGAAAGGAAAGACAAGGCUCCAGAGGAACAUUAUGAGCCAGAAGCAACUAAAGAGCCUGAGGAAGUGAGGGAGAGCGCCCGGAUGCUGGUAGCGGACUGUGACCUAGAUGUGAUUGUCGAGUAGUAGUAGUCUGAAAAAUGAUGUAGUGGCCUUUGUGGCCUUGGUGAUGCCGGUUAUGGAUAAACUUAUUCCCCGCAAAAAAAUGUAACGCAAAAAAAUGUAUUUGUAUCAUGUAGUGUACAUCCUGUGCUGUCACUUGAGCGUUUGUCUUGGAAGACGUGAUGAA